AUGGAGGAUGAAAAAAAAGUUAAAUUCACUGCUCAAGAUUUAUAUGACAAGAAAGCUGACAAAACAGAGCUUCAAACAUUAAAGACAGAAAUACUUCAAACACUAUAUCCUAUAGGUUCUAUUUAUACGUCAAUGAACUCUACCAGACCAGAAGUAGUACUUGGUUUUGGAACUUGGACUCAAAUAGUCGACAGGUUUUUGUAUUGUGCAAACUCUUCAAAGGAAACAGGUGGAAGUAAAACGAUUUCAGGUGAAAACUUACCUGCACACAGUCACUACGUAGAUUUAAGUACAUCUCAAGCAGGUUGGCAUAAGCAUAGAUAUUGGGAUUGGUCAGCAAUGACAAAAGGUAAAGGAUAUGAUGUUAAAGACAACGUUAAGUUUGCUAUAGAUUGUUACUGGAGUAACACUGAGGGAGGAGGAAACCAUACACAUCGCGUUUUAGGGUAUACACAAGCAACGGGACAAAGUAAAGACUACAUGCCACCUUACAUGACAGUUUACGCAUGGUAUAGAAUUGCUUAG